GUGAGUGAGCGGCGUCGGAGGGGGACCAUCUGUAGUGAACUCAUCCGCAAACUGCACUUGCGUACGUCUCCUCUUCACUUCAAGAAUUUAAGCAUCAAAUGAUCAUCUAAUCAAGGGCUGGUGACUUGUUCUGCUGUAUUUAAAUAAACAUGAAUUUGACAUAUGGAAGUGCACUCAGAAUCCUCAAAUACUGAUGUGGGCUCAGUGGUGGAUACCAACCCGCACAAGCUUCCGGACAGUGACAUUUUACUUGACAUGUCCGUGACUGGGUCACAAUCAGGAUGUCUAAAUGUGAGCUGAUUGAGUUGAAGGACCUUAGUGUGAAUGAUCCUAUUGAAUUGGCAGCCCGUGGGCCACGCACCUCUGCCAGUCAGGCUAGUCACUUCCACAUUGUCCGUCUGGUUGGGGACACCGUCAGCAUCGAGGUGCCAUAUCGGGAAGCUGGUGUAGGUCACGACUUCCAGCCCUACGGUCACACUCAUCUGAGCUGGUGCGACCUGUGUGGAGAAUUCAUCUGGGGUGUUUAUAAGCAGGCCGUACGAUGCACCAAUUGCAGUUACACUUGUCACCCCAGAUGUCGACCUCUCAUCCAGCUAGACUGUGGUGCAGACAGAAGUUUGCCAGCUGCGGUGGAUUUCUCUGUUGAUUCCGUAGAGAAGGACACAAAUGUGGAUGAGCAGAGUGACUGGCGCAAACAGGAGUUAAGUGAUGUCGAAAUACAUCAGAAGGUCAAGGAAUACAAUGCUCAGAUUAACAGCAAUCUCUGCAUGGUGGUGAAUAAAGACGGCACCUACACUGGUUUCAUCAAAGUCCAUUUCCAGCUCAUACGUCCAAUUACUCUGCCGCCUUCUCAGAGCCCAACCCAGGAUGAACCCGAAUACGGUCGACGGCUGACACGAAGAACAUCAUUCUACCUCCCAAAAGACGUUGCAAAGCACCUGCAUAUAAGCUCCCAAACACGGGUACGAGAAGUCAUUGAGGCUUUGCUCAAUAAGUUCACAGUGGUAGACAACCCAGCCAAGUUUUCCCUCUUUGAACGCACCGACAGAGAAAACCAAGUGUCCAUGCGAAAACUGCGCGACGAUGAGUGUCCCCUCCACCUGCGCUUGUGUGCAGGACCAAGUGAAAAGGUCUUGAGUCUUGUCCUCAAAGAGAAUGAGACUGGAGAUGUGAAUUGGGAUGCCUUCAGUUUUCCUGAGUUGUCAAAUUUCCUGCAAAUUCUACAGCGAGAGGAAGAGGAACACGUCCGGCAGAUAGUGAGGCGCUACACUCGCACCAGGGACAUGAUAAAGCAGGCCAUGGUAAAGAUUACUACUCCAGCUUGACCUUGAGGGGGAAACACAUUUAGAAACAAAGGGAAGUUUAUCAGACUUGAAAAUGUUUUAAUAAAGUUUACUAAAAUAGCAGGGGCACUGAAUAUUAAACAAUGUGAAGUAUUGUUUCAUUCUCACACAUGUCAGUGUGUAUAGUUAAACAAUUCCAGUAUUUCCUGAGAAUUCUGCUGCUUUGUUAAGGUUAUUUAUAGUGAGUUCAAAAUACAGUCAUCCUAUAUAUUUUUAUCUUAUUGAAGGUUUGUUUGGGAUCUGUACAACGCUGCUCACAGUUUGCCACUUUGGAGAACCUGUGGAAAUGUGUGUUUAUACUGUAGUAUAAUUACUGUAUCUAAUAAAUAAGAUGAAAACUGAUCUGGUCUUUUGGUGUUUCAUGAUAGCAAAUUGUUUAGUGGUGGAUAUAUCAUAAGCCAAUGCAACACAUAGCAAUCAAGCACAUCAGGGUGCUUAACAGAAACUCCACUUCAUGAGGAAAUGCCAAACUGUUCAUCAAGUUGCUUAGUCAAGAACAUCCUGACUAAUGUGUUUGGUGUG